GGGGAACAUGGCACAUUGACAUUCUCGCAUUGGAUUGGAACUUACCAUCAACAUGAACAUGAAGCCAAGGAGGAGGGGGUCAUUGGAUACAUCCUAUAUAUCAACCAUGUUCGCCCUCUCAAGAUGAGGGUAGUCCAAUACCCAAGCUAGCCCUGGCCGAGCCCCUGGCCGAUGAUCAGUCAAGGUUGAAGUAACCUUCAACGACAAACUCCCAAUUGCGGAUGCAGACGGGGCGAGCAGAGGAAGGAGCUGGCUUUCCCACGGCAGUCGUUCUUUCCAAAAACUGAUGAAUUAGUUCUUAACCCUGACUUUCGGCUGGCAAGAGCGCCAACGCAUUGUGUCGGGUCUCUCCUCAUCAAGUUCUACCCCUUAUACCGUCUUUUUUGGGUACUGUUUGGUAUUUUCAAUCAGCCAUGAAGGGGCUCGGGUCCCUGGCCAUUCUGGCCAGUUAUGCAUGGCUCCUGGUGAGCGGGCAAACCGACGUGUGCCGUGUGCGAGACCGCACAUUCAGCACCGAGCCCAUGCCAGGAGGCAGCCACCAGCCCGCCGACAAGAUGAACCCCGUGUCGGGUGCGGUGAGCACCAGGUUCUACGUCACGGUGGUGAACCUCACGCCGCACCGCAUCCGGCUGGAGAACACGCACUCGUACCAGAUGGACAUAUUCGACUUUGGCGAUGUCCCUCAGGGGCGGGCACGCCAGAACAGGGUCAAGUACCGCGGCACUUGGGCUACGGGGGACGACGCCGGCGAGGCCUACUACCGUAUUGACGGCACCGAUAAGACCUUCGCUCUGAGGCUCAAGUCAUACAUCCCAAAUUCCGCUCCGCGCCGCGUUGUCCUGGAUCUCAGCGGCAUGGGGCUCGGCCAGCGCGAGUACGUGUUCCCAGGCGCGGAGACAUCGGUGUCUCUGGUCAUCACGGGCAGCAACCGCUUUGGCUUCCAGGCAUCGCUGCGGCACGGCCCCGGCAACUGGAUGCGCCGAAUGUACAACGUGAUCCGAGACCGCAAAGUCCGGCACCUGGUCAUGCCCGGCACCCACGACUCGGGCAUGAGCCGGAUCACGGACAAGAUCACCAGCAUCGGCAGCGAAACCAACACACAGAACCAGGGCAUCAACAUCUACGACCAGCUCCGCGCAGGAUCCCGCUGGUUCGAUCUCCGCAUUGGCUCCAUCCACCCCAACGACAACGCCGGACGGUACAACGGGUUCUGGGUGCUGCACGUCAAUGACGAGCUGGCCACGCUUGCCAUCGGAAACUCGGGUGAGUCCCUGGACGACGUCAUCAGCGAGGUCAACCGGUUCACGAGCGAGAACCCAGGCGAGAUCAUCUUCUUCAGCAUCCGCUACCUCGUUGGGAGGUACGAGUUCCCAGACCGCGGCCCCAUCAUGUGGAACACGGCCAUGGUCAACGACUUCUUCUCCAAGCUCCGGGCCAUCAACAACCGCUGCCUCAACCUGGACACCAGCACCGGAUUUGAAAACCAAAAGGCGUCUUAUUUCAUGGACCAGAACGAGGGCAAGGGCUGUGUCAUUCUGCUGCUCAAUGGCCAGCUCCCCGGCGACGUUCCCAAGGAGUCAUUCGGCGACGGCAUCUACCACAUCAGGCGCAUCGGUAUUCAAGACCACUGGUCCAACAAGCAGACUGCCGACGCCAUGGCUCCGGACCAGAUCGCGAAAUGGAGGUCAUUCAACCGCGGCGGCGGCUCGGACUACGGCAAUCUGCACAUUGCGCAGUGGCUGGUGACGCCGGACGCCGUGGCCUCGACGGUCCUGUCGCUCCAAGCCUAUGCCAUCCAGCCGACCAACCCCUCGCUGUACUGGGCCGGCGUCAACGGCAUGGAUCCGGAGCACUGGCCCAACGUGCUCAUGGUCGACUACAUCGGCGUGCAGCAGCGGGACCAGUGGGGCUGGGACCAGCUCAGCGCCGAGUUGUACACCCUGGCGGUUGGUUUGAACUUGUACAUGGUCAGUGAGAACUGUGAUGUCCAUGGUAAAAAGUCCCCGCUGCUUAGAAGUCGCGGCAUGGGCACGGAGGAAGACCAACAGCGCCUUGAAACGUCCUGGAACGGCAUCAUCUUUGCCAACGGCACGACCAUCAACAACCCGCCGCCGACGCUCCAUCUUGGACGGGUUGAGAUCUUGCGGAAUGGCACUGUGCUUGGCAACGGCACUGUGUUGGAGACGAGCAUCCCGAACCCUUGGUUCUAGGUUGGAUAAGCAUGCAUUGGAAACAAACCUGUACAUAGUACCCCUAGUAGUGUCUAUUCUGCAUCGUUACGAGUAUCGCAAGUUAAUAAUACCUAACCACCAACGCUCACCCAUGCUCCAACCCUAGCACAAAAGAUGACGGCC